AUGGACGAUGAUUCCCUCCCUGACACCAUCAACCCCAACAACUUCCCAGCCAAGCUCUGGCGUCUGGUCGGCAACCCAUCCAACAAAGCCAUCCGCUGGGACCCCAUGGGCGAAGUGGUGGUCAUCGACCAGCAGCUCUUCGAGAGGGAGGUCCUGUCCCCCGGCACCGCCACGCCGCACGAGGACAGCUUCAAGACCAGCAACUUCUCCAGCUUCGUCCGGCAGCUCAACCUGUACGGCUUCAGGAAGGCCGACCCCACCCUCAGCAGCCAGGCCGCGCUGGACGGCGGCACCUGCCACUACUUUUACAACCCCAACUUUCAGCGAUCCCACCCGGAACACGUCGCCCGGCUCCGGAGGCUCACGGUGGACAAUAAGGCCAAGAUCCGGGCUGGUCUGGACGUGAGCUGCCGGCUUCCGAACCGAUACCAGCGGCUGAGUGGAGGCGGUGAUAACAGGGACAAGACUUUGAGAAGAAGGAGCUCCCCCCUGCUCAGUCCAGCUCAUCCCCAAUCGGCCCAUCCAGGCCUAACCGACAGGAGCCAGGUCAUGAAAGCAUACAGCGGGACGCCGGUUCCACCGCGGUACCAGAUGAGGGGUCAGUCGGGGCUGCCCCUAAGCCAGCAUUACUCUGGACCGCCCUCCAACUCCAGUGCCCUGCAAGCACAGCAGGACUUUCUGACCCGGGCUAACCACGGAAACACCCAUUUUUCUGGUUACAAUCCUCAAAAUCCACACUACCACCCUGGUUUCUACUCCUCAGUCUGCCACUGCUGCCAUCCAAACCUCGUGGCCCCACCUGUUGCAGACGUCCAGGCCGGCUUGUAUUCUCGCCAAAAUUAUUGCCAGGCCGGGAAUCCUGUCAGUGUGUUCGACCAGAUUCGGGACCUGCCGCAUAAGGAAAACCAGGAGGGGAAAAAAUGCGACAUCAGUUUGGAUGCGAUUUUCCAGAUUGCGGAUGAGGUGAUGCAGAACUCCCCCAGUACCUGUCUGGUUAAAGUGGAGACUCCUGAGAGGCCUGCCCCCGACCGCUGCGGCGCCUCUCUGUGUGACGGCGGCGGUGGUGGCGGCGGGGCAGCGGCCGGCUCCGCUGCUCCCAUCAUCAUCCCGGUGCUCAGCUGCCCUGCUCUGCUCACAGCCAGGCAGCAGGAGCAGGCCGUGGUGCUGGUGCCCGAGCAGAUGCCCGAGGACGCCAUCUAUGAGGUGAGCCUCCAUAGCACGGACGUCCUGAAGGUACCCUGCGAUCAAACCAAGUAUGAGAUUAUAAAUGUGGAGACGAGCGACAACCCUGGGGACAGCAGUCAGGGCUGA